GACCUGCAAGCUGAGAUGCCUACCUUACCAUUCAAGCCGGUUGCUGAACAUAACAGUCAAGGAAGACAACAAGUGCAUGAGACAGCUGGAGGAAGGGAGAAAGAAGCUGUGUUUCAAGCCUACCCAGGGUGCCCAGCAGUUUGGAUGAUCAGCUGGAAUCUCUUGCUCUUGGCCUUUGUCCUUGGCAUCGGUGGGACUUUCCAGUAUGGGUUACAAGUCUCGAUCAUAAACCCUCCUGCUGAGCACAUUAAGAGCUUCAUCAGUGAGAUUUGGCUGGAGAGAUACAGCUUUCCUCUCAGUGACAAGGGAGUCACAUUACUGUGGUCCUCCAUCGUGUCCAUUUACAGUAUCGGGGGGCUGCUGGGCUCCAUGUAUGCUGGAUAUUUUUCUAUUAGAUUUGGAAGGAAGAAAGCCAUGCUGUUUGUCAACAUCCCUGCUCUCCUUGGUGCAGCUCUGAUGGGAUUCAGCAAGGUAUUUGGAUCCUUUGAGAUGAUCCUGCUUGGCAGAUUCUUCUCUGGAAUCUGUGCAGGUUUAGGUCUGAAUAUUCAUGUCAUGUAUGUUGGAGAAUGUGCUCCAAAGAAAUUGCGUGGAGUCACUGCUAUAACAGCUUCUACAGCCAUCGCCAUUGGAAAAUCUGUAGGAUUUGCCAUCGGACUUGAAGAAAUUCUAGGAGCAAAAGCCCUUUGGCCCGUUCUCAUGGGGGUCAGUGCAAUCCCAGCACUAAUCCAGAUGGUCACACUGCCUUUUUUCCCUGACUCUCCACGUUACCUUCUAAUCGACAAAAAGGACAAAGAGGGUUGUGUCAAAGCUAUGAAACAGCUUUGGGGAGACAAUGACCAUGUGGCUGAAAUAGAUGACAUGAUAGCAGAACAAGAAAUCAUCAAUGGAGAGAAGGCAAAAAGUGUUCUAGAUCUCUUCAGGGACCAAUCUGUGCGCUGGCAGCUGAUCACUGUCUUUCUCGUCUGUUGCUGUCUGCAACUAAUUGGUACCAAUGCAGUUUAUUUUUAUGCAUAUGACAUCUUCAUUAAAGCUGGAAUUCCCUUCUCUCAAGUACGUUAUGUCUCUCUGGGAACUGGUAUCACUGAGGUUAUCACCACUAUUCUUUGUGGUUUUCUUAUUGAACGUGCAGGAAGGAAGCCAUUGCUUUGGACAAGCUAUGUAACUAUGACCUUGGCCUUAGGGCUUCUCACAGCCACUCUCUCACUGCAGGAGAGAUCCUACUGGAUACCGUAUUGCUCUGUUGUGCUCAUCUUUAUUUUUAUCAUGAGUUUUGGAAUUGGACCAGCUGGAGUGUCAUGUCCCCUGCCCACAGAAAUCUUCAUUCAAUCAUACAGACCUGCUGCCUAUGUUUUCUCUGGUGGCUUAAGCUGGAUCCAACUCUUCAUCAUUGGAUUGGUAUUCCCUUUCAUUGUGGUCCAGUACCAGAGGCUAUUUCAAAUGUUCUUUGUUCUGGGAAUUGGAGGAAACCUCUUAUGUGGUUUUCAGAUUUCUGUGAUCAACUACCCUUCCAUGCACAUUAAGAGGUUUAUCAACGAAACCUGGCUGGAACGAUACAGUUCUCCCCUCCAUCAGGAGUCUCUCACAUUGCUGUGGUCCCUCAUUGUGUCUAUCUACUGUGUAGGGGGACUGGUAGGGUGUCUGUGUAUCGGAUACCUGUCUGAAAAAUAUGGAAAAAAGAAAUGUCUAUUGUUCAACUGUCUGCUUAUAAUAGUAGCUGCAUUACACGUGGGUUUCAGUAAGCCAGCUAAGUCUUUUGAGAUGAUUCUGAUUGGACGUGCUCUCUAUGGCCUGAGUGCAGGAGUAUGUUUGAAUGUACACAUCCAGUAUGCAGGAGAAAUUUCACCCAAGAAGCUGCGUGGAUUUGCAAACACUCUUCCCCCAGUGUUUUUUACACUAGGAAAAGCCUUAGGGCAAAUUAUGGGACUAAGAGACCUUUUAGGAACAGAAUCCCUAUGGCACUUGUUGUUGGCCUCCUGCGGAAUUGGGGCAUUGUUCCAGCUGAUUUUUUUGCCAUUCUUUCCUGAAUCCCCACCCUAUCUUCUGAUAAAAAAGGGAGACAAAGAAGGCUGCUUAAAAGCCAUGAAGCAGCUUUGGGGUGAGGGGAACUAUCAAGAGGACAUGGAUGACCUGAUGAAGGAGAAGGAAGCAUUGAAAAGCACCAAGACCAUGGGCGUCCUGGAAUUGAUAAAAGAACCAUCCUUGCGCUGGCAAAUGAAUAUCCUGGUUCUCCUUGUAAUGACUCUACAGCUUUGUGGUUUGAAUGCAAUCUACUUUUACACUUUUGAAGUGUUCCGCACAGCCAGGCUGGAUGAAGACCUCAUUCCAUAUAUAUCAUUAGGAGUGGGGAUCUGUGAACUCUUCUCCAUGAUCCUGUGUAGCUCCAUUAUUGACCGUUUUGGCAGGCGGAUACUGUUAUGGGGUGGUUAUUGGCUGAUGGCACUGGUCCUGACAUUCCUAGUAGCAACUCUCUUGCUGAAGGAUCAAGUCUUCUGGAUGUCAUAUUGCAGUGUAAUUUUCAUCUUCUUGUUCAUUGUCGCAUAUGGAACUGGGCCAGCUGGAGCAAGCAUAUCUGUCAUGAUUGAAAUCUUCAAUCAGUCAGCCAGAUCAUCUGCCCUUGUAAUUAGUGGGACCAUCUGCUGGGUUGGCCUUGUAGUGAUUGGGAUGAUCUUCCCAUUUCUUGUGGAGGCUCUUGGUCCCUUCUGCUUCCUCAUCUUUGCUGGGGUCCUUGCCAUCUCAGGGAUCUUAAUCUACUUGUUCCUCCCAGAGACAAAGGGGAAGUCAGUCAUGGAAAUCGCAGAGGAAUUCAGCACAUUGCAUUUUGGGAAGAAUGUUCUGCAGAUUGUGGGAAGGAAAUCCUAUAAGGAAUAUACCUGCACCAAGCUCUGACCAGCCAGAAUAGGCCAUUUUUAUUGGCUAAAGGUGGUUUCUAGAUCACAACAGAAGCUAAUGGUAACGUUGACCCUUAUUUAAUAAAAAUCUCUUUGAAUAACAA